AUGAGCCUCUUACCCGUCAGCCUGGGCGACGUCAAGGGCUCAGGUCCCCGCGAAGGUGCCCUCUUCUGCCUCCGCUUUGUCACAAAACGCUAUAUUUUGCUCGCCGUCACCCUCUUCGCGCUCGGGACGCUGCUCUUCCGUAUAAGAUGGCCAGGCCGUAAGCUGCCUCCUCUGUACCCUCAAUGGCACCAUCGCGACCUUGCCCUGCCCCAACAUCGCUGGCACGCGACGGACCACUCACGCGAACCCAAGUUCUUCUUUGUGCCCGGUCAUACGCGAGGGUCCGGGUGGGGGAAUGUUUUCCAGGAGAUCCUGCUCAACGCCCAUCUCGCGUACAAGAUGGACCGAGCAGCCGUGUUCUACAACUAUACAUGGAGCGAGGACGGCGACUACUCGGACUACAACGGGAAGCCGAUUCCGUCGCGCAUUCCCCUCUCUGCGCUCAUCCGAGGACCGAUUGUCGGCGACGCCUUUCCAGCAGACAAGCCCUCCCCUCCAGCCAUCGCUGAAGACUAUUGGAACCAUGCCUGUGCAGGUCGGAUACGCUCCAUCGAGAGAACACCUGUCCAUGCCACCUUCAAGUCAUGGUAUAUGCACGACGUCACCGACGGUUGGGUGGACCACAUGAAGGGCGUGGACGAUCAGUGCGUGGAGGUUAUGCGCUCGACCGGCAACAUCUUCGACUGGGUGAUGUUCGGCGACCGGCACGCCCUGCACGGGCUCUGGGCCGCGGACCUCCCCUCCUCCCCCAUCCUCACCCACUUCGGCUGGUCCGCGCUCGUCGAGCUCGCCUUCGACGCCAACCGCGCCGUCUUCUCCCCCGCGCCCCCCGGCGAGCUCCCGCUCUCCGCCGUCCCGUUCACGAACAACAAGGACCGGUACACGGAGCUCCCCGGCCUCCUCGUCCUCCACAUCCGCCGCGGCGACUACGAGGGCCACUGCGCGCACCUCGCCCGCUGGUCGUCCACCUUCCUCGCGUUCAACGGCCUCCCCGGCCUCGCCGAGUUCACCGCGCCCCCCGGCGGGCCCGAGCCCGGCACGGCGACGGAGGAGGGCAUGGCCGUCUACCUCGACCGCUGCUACCCGUCCGUCGCGCGCAUCGUCGAGCACGCGGAGCGCGCGCGCGCGGACGAGCUCGCCGCGGGCCGCCCCGCGCUCGAGCGCGUGUUCAAGGCGCUCCUCAAGACGGGCCACUUUGCGGGCGUGUCGAGCAGCCGCGACCUCGAGCUCGGGCCGGAGCAGCGGUACGUCGGCCAGGCGGUGGACAUGCUCGUCGGCCAGCGCGCGCAGGUGUUCAUCGGGAACGGGUGGUCGAGUCUGACCGGGGGCACGGUCAUCAUGCGCAUGGCGAACGGCUUCCGCACCGCGACGACCCGGUUCUUCUGA